AUGGUAGAGGGAUGUGGCAGAUAUUCCAUUCCUUUUCCGGAAUAUAAUUUUUACACAGUGAACAUAACUUUCUUAGGAGUGAAAAGAGAAGAUUAUGGCCAUCCUUUCACGUGUCAUGCUGGUGUGUCCGCAGCAUACUUUAUGUUAAAACCCCCAGUGCCAGACUUUCGAGCUUGCUUGAUAGGAGGGCUUCUCGCCUUCACAGGUGCGGCCGUGUUUGUCACGUACAUCUACAAGGUUUUUAAGAUUGACAUUGCACUUUGGUAUCGCAGUGCCUUCCAUUCUACUGGGACCAUGGAAGAUGGGAAGCUGUAUGAUGCAUACGUCUUAUACCCCAAGCCUCAGAGAAAAAGCCAGAGCCAUAAUGUGGACACACUGGCAUUGAAGAUUCUGCCCAAAGUGCUGGAGAUGCAGUGUGGAUACAAGUUAUUUAUAUUUGGCAGGGAUGAAUUUCCUGGACAAGCUGUGGCCAAUGUCAUCGAUGAAAACAUUAAGCUGUGCAGGAGACUCAUCAUCAUCAUAAUUCCCGAACUGCUGGCCUUCGACCUAUUAAAGAACAUGUCAGAAGAACAAAUUGCAAUCUACAAUGCUCUCAUCCAGGAUGGGAUGAAGGUCAUUCUGAUUGAGCUGGAGAAAGUCAAGGACUAUACUGCCAUGCCAGAGUCAAUUCAGUACAUCAAACAGAAACAUGGGUCCAUCUGCUGGAGCGGGAACUUCACGGAGCAGUCCCUGUGUGCAAAGACCAAGUUCUGGAAAAAAGUGAGAUAUCACAUGCCGCCCAAAAGGUUUCCACCAUCUUCUUCUGCCUAGCUGCUGAAGCACACCCCCUGCGAUCUCACCGCAGGGUUAAAAUAAAGCGGCGGCAUCUCUCAACACUCGACAGCCUUGCUCCAGAAGGCCCAG